AUGCGAAUGAAAGACGGAGAGUCCAUUGAUGAUUAUGCCGGAAAGUUAUCCGGUAUGAUCUCGAAAUACAACAGUGUGGGUGCCGUUUUAGGGGACGAAGAAUUGGUAAGGAAGUUACUUGAUACCGUCACGGAUAAGUACAUUCAAUUGGUGGCCUCAAUGGAACAAUAUUCGGAUGUCGAAAAGAUGCCGUUCGAAGAAGCCAUAGGUCGGUUAAAAGCCUAUGAGGAUCGAUUAAAACUUCAACAAGGGAGCUCUACCGGUGAAAGUUCGUUACUCUUUACGAAGGUGGAAGGGGUAUCAAACAACAGAGGGUUUAAUAAACACGGUUCCGGGCGUGGUCGUGGGCAUACAGAUGGUGACAGAGAUGGUAGAAGCGGGUCACGAGGUGGUCGUGGUUCCGGUAGAGGCCGGGGUGGUCGUAACGGAGGCAAGUUUUAUCACGAAGGGAAUAGUUCGUAUCGCAAAUCACGUGACAAGAGUCACGUAAAAUGUUUCGAAUGUAACCAAUAUGGUCACUAUGCCUCCGAAUGCAAGACUGAGAAGAAGCAAGAUCCAGAAGUGCAUUUAACAAGAGAAACCGAAGACGAACCCACCUUGCUAUUAAGUGUCUGUGGUGAGGAAGCUCAAAAAUGGUCUUGUUAA